AUGACAAGUGGAAUGUACGCCAUUGUGGAAGAAACAAUGCCCCAUUUAGGAUCUAUGCUCAACUGUGAUGCCUUCAGAUGGAUGAAUCGUAUUCUGGAAGACUCCGCAGCUACACAGUCACGUAAUUCAGAUCAGUUUGCCUCUACAGGACUGCAUCAUUCGGCCUAUUUCGGGGCUGAUUUGUGGCCACAAAAUGUGUUUGAUGAAAAUAAAUGCAAAGAAUCGGGAUUCGAUUUGCAAAGUUUCUCCCGGAUUCUGGCGUUGAAUAAUCUGAUCCGUUCCUUGUCUAGCUCCGGAACUAGUCCCAUGCCCAAUGAGGAAUUCCUGCGUACUUUACUUUUGGUCGAAAUGUACAAAUAUCAGGCCGAAAUGCUACAAAAGUCGAACUCGACAAACGAGCUGGAUCAUAUGGAUACGAGUAUCAGAUCACCCUACCAAUUCCCGAAUAUCUCCGCAACAAACAAUAUCCCUGUUACAAACACGCCUACAAAUCCCAUCUUCCCUCCAUUCGGGUUGACCAAUUUUACGGAUUGGACAUCGGCAGACUUCCAACAGCGCAACAAUAACCAUCCUUCUCAUCAGCAACAUCCGCAACUCCACGACCCCGAACCACAUCAGUCCAGAUCGAAUUUUUCAAAUAGUCCCAAAGACAGUAGUGCUCCAGGCAUCCCCUUUACAGGCAGCCCCGUCCACAAUCCAACUAGUCCAACCAACUCGUUAAUCAAUCCACUUGAACAGUUGAACAUGGCCUUUUUGUCCGCCGCUGCUGUUGCCAUGGCUUCGGCGGUCACAGCCAGCAGUGCUGCAUCCUCUUCCAUCUCCCCGACCGGUACAUCUCCGAUGGACGAUGUGCACGACUCCGAAUUCCCCACUGCUCAGACGAUUCCGGUCAACUUGACAUUGCCCCAUGCACCCAAAUUAGAGAAGUCACUAUCAGUGGACAACAGUCCGAUGACACGCCACCAGCUAGAUCUGGAUCUUCGAAUUCCUCCUCCCACUUCGCAUUCACUUUCACUAUCAAAACGGUUCAGCUCAUUCAGCUCGUCCUCGAACAGCUCGAGUCGAUUUGGACCGCGAAGGAUCAAACGUUCUACCAGCCUAAGUCCGUCAUCCGAAAGUUUUCAUGCAAAACGAAUAAUGCUUGAAAAUGGAAAAUUCACAGAUCCUUUUCGGUGUGGUCUGGACUCCGUCAAUCGAAAUCAGAAUGAAUCACCGACAGACCGAACCGGUGAAACACCAAACCAGCCAAUCUCAUCUGAGCUUUCCGACGACUUACGACCGCGUUGGAAACCGACCCUCGGACAUCGGCCUUCCUAUCGUCUGUCCCAGUUUUUACGGCAUCUGCUAAACAGUCCUGAGUGUAAUCCGGACCUGAUUUGUUGGGUUGACCGUUCGCGGAAUACGUUCAAACUGGUCAACAGUGCUGCCGUGGCACGUCUAUGGGGUGCACACAAACAGAAGCCCAACAUGAAUUAUGAAACAAUGGGUCGAGCAAUGAGAUAUUAUUAUGCCCAGAAUAUUUUGCGCAAAGUCAAAGGACAACGCCUGGUUUAUCAGUUUUUGCAAGACGUUGAUACUCCAUCUAACGGCGACAAACGACAUUUGUCUGGGGAAAGAUUACCGUCCAGCAAAGCAACUGACCCAGAUCAUCAAUCUGAAAGCUGA